AACAACUAUGGGCUGCAGGAUAUGAACUUUGAGGACGUGGCCAUUGCCUUCUCUCAGGCAGAGUGGGAGGUCCUUGAUGAGGCUCAGAAACAUCUGUACUGUGAUGUGAUGCUGGAAGUGUUUGCACUUGUAUCAUUCGUAGUUCCAGGGUGGUUGCCGCGGAACUCACUGGGCGGCGGUCUCAGCGAAGCUCCAGUGCACCCGGUGCGCGAUGGCGGGCUGGUCCGAGGUCAUUGCGGCGGCACUCGGGUCUGCAGCGGCAACCAGUCACCGGGUCCUUGGCAUAAAAUGGAUGAUGUGGAGGCCUAUUCUGAGCACAAUGUAUCUGUAGGAGAUUCUCAUGUUAGGGCUUCCAAGACAGCUCAAGCCACUCAGAGGACCCAUCUGUGUAAGCCGUGCUUCUCAUUGUUAAAAGAUAUUUUGCACCUGAGUGAGUUACAAGUCGCAUACUUUCAGAAGAAUGUGUUCUUAAGUGAUGCAUGUGUGAGAGACUUGUGUUUCAGUGCAAACCCUCACCAGCAGCAGAAGGAUGCCUGUGGAGGGAAGCCCUGGACAGAAGAUAUGGAGAGUGCCUCGCUUGCGACAAGUUGCUGCUUCUACUUAUCUGGGGUGCCUGAAGCUAGUACUGAGGUUGGGGUAGACUCCCCAGCCAUCUCAGGGCUUCUCCAGCACCAGGCCACUCUUAACACUGAGGAGCCACACAUUAACAAUGAGCUUUCACAGGAAUUUCUCAGUGGAAAAAGACAUCACCAGUGGGUUGAAUGUGAAACAGCUGUCAGCCAUAAACAGAAAAUUGCUUAUCAGAAAGGUCUCUGCUCUGGAGAUAUGAUUAAUGAGAAUAAUAAAUGUGGGAAAGUGGGUAUACAAAUCUUCAACCACCUACAACAUGGGAGAGUUCACACUACGGAAAAGCCCUACGAGUGUACUGAUUGUGGGAAGGUCUUCAGUGAAAUCGCUGCUCUCAUUAAACACAACAGAGUUCACAUUAGAGAAAAUCAGUAUAAGUGCAGUGACUUCGAAGGUAUGGCCUCACUGUACAUCACAGAGUUCACACUGGAGAAAAGGCAUAUGAGUGUAUUGAAUGUGGGAAGUCCUUCAAUCAAAGAUCUCACCUCACUAUACACCACAGAGUUCACACUAGAGAAACGCCAUAUAAGUGUAGUGAAUGUGUAUGAAUUACACAAGCCUCAGCAAUGUUUAGGGAUCCUGCUCUCCAUGUGCUGCAAAGGAGACAUGUGCCAGGAAGUGUGA